UAUAAAUGGGUUUGAGAUAAUUGGACUUUUUUAGAAAAUUAAAUACUGAUAUUGGCGACACUUCAUCGUCUUUGGGAGGAUUCUUGACCCUGAUCGCAUUUGCAGUAAGCUUCUAACAUAUUUCUUGAUAGUUGGUUACUAUUUUAACCAUGAAUGAAUGUAGAUUAUUUUUUAGCACCGAAUUAAACUAUUAAACUGUGAUUGACAAUGACACUGAAUAAUUUAUCAAGGUUUAUUUGGAUGUGAUUGUUGGUGCACCUUGCAUGGUUUUGUCAUUGGAUUAAUAAGACGAGGUCGGAGUACACGUAAUGGAUGUUUCUGGCACAUUGAAAAAGAUUACUCUUGAUAAGGAUAGACAUGUGUUGCCCACAGUAUUUAAACAAUAAUAUUCAUUAUAAAGAUUGACAAUAACGAAAGACCUAAUUACAGAGGGAGUGACUAAGAAUUAGUGGAUGCAAUUGAGGCUAUCAAUGAAGGAGAAUAAUGCUAAUUGAAGGGAUUCUUCUCAGUAAAUAAAGUCCCAGGUAAUUUCCAUAUCAGUUAUCAUGCACAUCACCACUUGAUACAGAAAAUUCAUCAAAGAGAUUUAUCAACCUACAGAAAACUCAAAUUGGAUCACACAAUCUACGAAUUAAGAUUUGGAGACAAUUCCUCCUCCUUCAAAAUGAAGAAAUACCCUAAAUCUCUUCAGAAAUUCUAGUCCUCCUGGAAUUCAAUUGCCAAAAUAGCUCCUGAAGGAGAAAAACAAGAUUACGAAUACUAUAUCAAUGCCUUGCCUGUGAGAUUUUACGAUGACAAAGAACGAAACUAUCAAACUCUCUAUAAAUACUCCAUCAAUGAGGCACAAAUGACAAGAUCCUUUACAGAAAUCGAUUCAAUCUAUUUUAAAUAUCAAAUCAGUCCCGUCAAUAUGGUCUAUUCAAUUUAAAAGAAGUCUGUCUAUCAUUUUAUUGUUUAAUUACUGGCCAUUGUAGGAGGAGUCUUUGCCGUCAUAGGAAUCGUCAAUUCAAUUAUAUAAAAAGCAUUUUGAGUUUAUAAUAUUCAC